UGAAUUAUCAGCUCACCCGGCUGGCUGUUGUUGAUGCCUGAAGUUGCUGCUGUGUUGCUCUUAUCAGCGCCUGACGUUGGAGACAAACUAAAGCCGAGCAGAGGACGCGUCGGGCUUUUACCGGUAGGCGAGUUCACGAGUUACGAGGAAAAGCGCUCGAGCAGCAGAAGCGCGCAGGAAGCCCCGAAGCCUGGAAGCGGGUUAAAAGGAAGACGGCGAGACCGCAAUCAGCUCUCUUUGUUUACGUCGCGACUGUCUGAACCGCGACAUUUCUUUUGUUUGCCUCCGAUCUAGAAUCGUUUUCUGCACGACCGUUAUUUAUGUUCCUACUUUAUUCCCGUGACGCGCAGGAGCAGCUAGCUCCUAAAAUAACGUUGGCGCAGAUAAACGGCGUUGGAGCUUCGCUGCUUUCGUAACCGCCCGAGGGGGACAAACAGCGACAGAGACAAACAGCGACGAUACUCGGGCUACCCUGUUUUCUUGUUGUUUUUCAGGUGUCUUAUCACUGGGUCAGUCGGUCUGUUUGGAGACCAGACAGAUGAUGUUACAUCGGAGCCUGUGUGAGAAGUGUGUCUGUUGAACACGUCUGUUUAUUCCUGAAGUUGAAUCGAGGGAAUUAAUCUAAUUAGAUUUAAAACCACCACAACUGGUAAACGGAUCACUUACAGCUGCCCUUGUAGGUUCAGCUUGGCGUGCAGGUCACAUCAUCUGUUUGUGUGCAAGCUGUCAGGUCUCACUGACUGCUGUUUAUAACACUAACCUAACACUUUUUUUGUUUUCAUUUUAUUUCUUUAAUAACCUAUGACAUGUGAUAAACUGGCCGCCUAUUACUGUAAACCGUGGUUUGAGUAGCUGUUAGAUGCUCACAAGCGGGUAAAACGUAGCUAGUUAUGAAUUGAAAUAGUCAUCAAACUACUGAGACUGCGCUGUGGUCAGGGACCGACCGGCGAGGAGAAAGGGUCCCUCACAGGGCCCCAUCGUGUCCUGAGGUGAGCGGCCCCCCACUACUUGCCAAUGCUGGACCUUGAGGUGGUGCCGGAGAGAUCACUGGGAAAUGAGCAAUGGGAAUUCGCCUUAGGGAUGCCGUUGGCCCAGGCCAUCGCUAUUCUGCAGAAACACUGCCGCAUCAUCAAAAAUGUGCAGGUGCUAUACAGUGAACAGACACCACUCAGCCAUGACCUCAUACUGAACCUGACUCGGGAUGGGAUCAAACUGGUCUUUGAUGCCACCAAUCAGAGACUCAAGGUGAUUGAAGUGUACGACCUGAGCAUGGUCAAGUUGAAAUACUGUGGACUCCAUUUCAACUCUCAGGCCAUUGCCCCCACAAUAGAGCAAAUAGACCAGUCAUUUGGAGCCACGCACCCCGGAGUAUACAAUGCUGCAGAACAGCUGUUCCAUCUCAACUUUCGAGGCCUGUCCUUUUCCUUUCAACUGGACUCAUGGAAUGAAGCUCCAAAAUACGAGAUUCCACAUGGCGCCAUGGUCAAGAGGAUGCACAUCUACACCGGCAACAACCUGCAGGAAACAAGGGCUCCCGCGAUGCCGUUGGCUUGUUUCCUGGGUAACAUCUUUGCAGAAAGCGUUGAUGUCCUGAGAGACGCUGCAGGGCCUCUGGGGCUUAAACUCCGACUUCUCACCGCAGGUUGUGGUCCUGGUGUGAUGGCUGAUUCAAAAGUGAGAUCCCUAGAAAGGAGCAUCUCCUUUGGGGAUUCGUGUCAGGAUGUACUGGGUGCUCUGGGCUCGCCACAUAAAGUCUUCUACAAGUCCGAGGACAAGAUGAAGAUCCACUCUCCGUCACCUCACAAGCAGGUCCCUUCAAAAUGUAACGACUACUUCUUCAACUACUUCACCCUCGGAGUGGAUAUCCUGUUUGACUCGGCGACUCACCUGGUUAAGAAGUUUGUUCUACACACCAACUACCCCGGCCAUUACAACUUCAAUAUAUAUCAUCGAUGUGACUUUAAGAUUCCACUCGUCAUUAAGAAAGGAGCCGAUUCUCAGACGGAGGACUGCCUGCUAACAACCAACAGCAAGUGGGAUCAGAUUCAGGAGCUGCUCGGUCACCCGAUGGAAAAACCUGUCGUGCUCCACAGGUCCUCAUCAGCAAAUAACACCAACCCAUUCGGCUCUACAUUCUGCUUUGGACUGCAGAGGAUGAUCUUUGAGGUGAUUCCGAAUAACCACAUAGCAUCCGUGACCCUUUAUGGGGCUCAUCGGACCUCGAGUCAAACCCGACCCGAGUCCAACAGCAGUUCCCACUGAAUCAGUAACUAGAACCUCAUCCCAUCCCAUUCUGGCCUGUCCUGAGUCGAGUAUCUCUGCUGACUGAAUGUCUAACCAGCGCCAGAUUCAUUACCAAGCAGACUGUAACCAGAGCAACAAAGUAAUUCCUACCACGCUCAGAUGCUACUCACUGAACGGAACAGAAACCAGAAUCCAGAAUAACCAAGUAGCACCUGGUUCGAUUCAACCUUUCCUGCUGGCUCCCCGAGACUCUCUCUCCCAAUCAGACAACAUCUGGUCGCCACAGUCAACCCAACCCGGACUAUCCCAGGAACCAGGAUGCAGUGACAUGGUCGACAGUCGAUGGCACUAUCGGAAUAAUGUCUUGGUGGUGUGAGAAUAUCAAGCUCUCUGUGCUCAAAUAGCGCUGAGCUGUUUCCUGUUUCCAUCCAGUGACUCAAUUUGCCCAGAAACCACAGAACAGUACGUCCAGGCUGCAGUUUGGAUGGCAUUCUUCCACGGCUGCCUUUCUAUUGGACAAAAAACUCCAUCACUUUGUGGUGAGAUGAUCAGCAAUAUCAUCUGAACACACAUCUCUACAUAAACUGCUUGAGCCAAGGUCUUGAAACAAACUCUUGCUUGACCCACUAAAUAAACAUCAACCAACCACACUGCCAGCCCAACCAGUACCGCCUUCCUGCCACAGCCGAAGAACCAUGCUCGACCAGCCCAAUCAAAGACCUGACACAUUUAAACCGCAAACAUUCAACCCAAUGGGCCCAAACAAAAGCCUUCAGAGCACAUUGGAAACUCUUUAAGAAUUUUAAGCAGAAACGCAUGAUAACCCAGAUGUUUUCAGACAAGAGAAGAACCAAACGCCUGUAGGGUUUGGGCAUACAUGUGGCACAUGUGAAGCCUCCCCGAGGCAAAACGGUCCAAACAUUGUCAACAGUAUUGUCUCCCUCUCAAACCGUCCUACUCAACAGUUCUACACAGUUCAAACGCACACUCUCAAGCACAGCACUCAACACUAUUAACCCACCACAGCUGUUGUUAUGUGCAGCUCUAGAUGUUGUUGUGUCUGUCUCUUAUUCACACACACGCACACACAUAUUUGGAUAAAUGAGCAUCCGCAUGUAUAAGGAGGCUGUUACGAAGUUUUCACAGCAUCCGAUUCAAACACGCACAUAUAUUUAGUCUCUCCACUCAUAUGUGUACAUGUGUUUCCAACCCACAAAAUAUGGUUUAUCUUUUAGCGUUUUUUUAAUGCAAACCAAACAUGCAGACAUGACACAAGGAUUUACAUGCAAGAUGAUGAUUUUGAAUGAGGAAAGUUAUGAGCACAAACUGGCAACCUGUUUCUAUUUGUAUUUGGUCCUGCGUGUCGUGAGGGGCCUACACUCGUCUGCCCUGCUUCAUUCGUUCACAUCAUGACCAUUUUCACCGUGUUCUCUUUUUACAUUUCCACUAAUUUACACAUUUUUACUUGAUGGCUUCAUUGAGCCCUCUCCUCACACACAGAUUUGUGGAGGCGAUUCGGAGAGAUGGUGGUGUGCGUGUUUUUAUCCACGAGCUUAGUCGUAAGACGGGUCCUCCCACAGUGCACGAUGUAUGUGGUCAUAUCAUCUGUGUUACCUUCAUCCGCCUGUUCCCUUCUCUACACGUGAUCGAUGCGUCACAAUUCUUCCCGCAGUAAUGUCUGCAUUUAUUGUUGUAUUGCCAAAUGCUUCAGCCAAAGACGAUUCCGCAGGAUUUCAUGUGAUCAGCGGACAUUAUUGUGCAGAGGGUCGUUAGUUGUCUGUCCCCCUUCUCUUGUGUCUUGUAUGUCAAACCUGAACAUUUCAGUCAUUGCCGCGGUAACGCCUCUAAAUUCAGCUCCUUGUUUCUGUAAUUGCUGGCUUACAGCCAGAGAUACUUUAACAAUAGUAGUGUUCUAUUGUAUACUUGUUUGUUGUUGUCAGAGCUAUAAUUAAAAAACAUCCUCUGUGAAUUCAGUAUAUUUAAACCCAUUUAGGAAAUGGGAAAGACCAUUAUCAUUCCGUUAUAACAUUUGAUUCCCUCCAAAAGACUGAAUUUGGAAUAUUUUUUCUCAUAGGCAUUUAAAUAAACUGUUUAAUCAAUUGAUCCUUUUGAUACAUAUUUCAUUUGUUUUGUUUUUCCUUUACUGUUGAAUUUGUGAUUGCAUGUACCAGCACACGUUAAGACAUCGAUGUUGAAGUCAGGACACCUUUACAUAACCAAAUAUUGAAAGCAACUGAGGAAUUGAGUACAAUAAGGCUGCUUGAAGAUGGUUUCCAGUGCAGUAUUUUAGGAUCUACACAAAGAUGUCUUGUUUGUAACAACUUGAAGUCAGUUUCGACGUGUUCAAGUGGCUUCACUGUGGCAUUUUUAUAUCCAUUACUUGGGUUGUCUUCAUGUUCUUUACUAACCCAAACUAACUAAAUCAAAUAGAUGAUUGAUUUCAUCCUUCAUUGAAACAAGUUGCAUCACAGUGGGAGUUAGCUUGUUACAAGCAACAGUCAAACAACAUUACUGCAUUUCUGAUUCAUUAUUCAUUAUAUUAUUGAAUAGGAAAGACUUUUACAAUUAUAGCCUAUAUUUACAGCACUAUUUCAUGUGGUAUUUUACCACACAAGAAUACCUGUGGGAAUUAAUUUAUGUGCUGUGAAAGUGUUGGUUUGGCUGUUCUGACAUACAAUUUUUUAUGUAUUUAGGCCCUGUUUCUUCAAACUGAUGUUGUACAAAUGCUGUAAAUAGCUGAGUGCUCUUAGUUGGCAUCCUUUUAUUUACAUGCUCUUAUUGGCUUUGUAAUGACAUAACUGACUCAGGCUGAGUGUUUUAAAAUGUCCUCCUUAAAGCCCGACUGCAUCAUUGAGAAGCAGUUAUUUUUGUACUGUAGACCACUGUAUUUGUGUGCACUGCUGAGGCUGCAGGUACUCUGUUGAUUCCACAAAAACAUCUUAAAAUAGAAAAGCUCCAUUUGUGCUGGAAGGGAAACAAUCUCAAAUCUGUACUGGAGGAGAACUUGUGUUUUCAAGCGUAAACAACUAGAAAUCAAUAUUUUAUUUGCUGCAGUCCGAAUGUGUACUAGUUGAGGUGAUUGGGUUUUGGGGCGCAUGAGAUAUGAAUGUUUUACAGUCUGGUUUCUUACACUCCGAUCCAAAAAGCUAGCUGAUGUUUCAAGAUAAAUUGAACAAAUAGUGUUUGUUUGUUUUUAUUGAGCUCCACUAAUGUUAGGAACCUGGAACCACAAAGUUCCCAAAUCCUGCUUUGGUUGAUCUGCAUGACUUGAACACGGAAACCCAUUUAAUAUAAUUGCCAUGAUGGCUAUAUUCCAACGUUUUGCUCAAAUUUGCUUUUGUACAAGUAAAUACGUGAAAAUUAAGGGAAACGCAGUUGAACCUCAAAUCCUACCGAGCCCGUCUUUGACUUCUGUCUUUAUCCCCUCUGUACAAAAUGAUCUCAUUGUACAUAUAGUUAUAGACUAUAUUUAAUCCCCACUGAACAGUACGUGUGUGUAUGUAAUGGAGGAUUAGCAGCGAGUUAACGUAUGGCCUUGUCUGUUUUAGUUUUCUUGGAAGGCUGGUUUAGGAUCACCGAGACAAGGCAAAAGUUAGUUCUCUGUUUCCCUAAACGUAACGUACAUGUAGGCUACUCGUUGUGGAAUGUCAAUGUUAUUAAUGCCAAACAAACAGAACAAUGUGUUCACAACCCUUCAAGGCUCAUCAUGUUUAGUUACUAAGGAAUAAAUGAUUUUAGAAAUGCAGUUCUUCUUUUAGACCUGAAGGAAACCCAUUCCUCGCCUGCAUCAACAAUAUUCAUUGAUUAUUCCUCAAAACAACUUGUUAUUUAAGCGUUGCUGCUUUGGAAACGGAUGGCUCAAUGGUGAUAUGAAAAAACAAACAAUAUUCUUUCAAACCAUACAUACAUGCUCAAUGAUUAUAGGGAAUCUGAUUAUUCAAUAUAUAAUUCACUCCAUAAAACCGCUCGAACCGUUAACCCAGUUUUGGUAAACUGAGCCCAGGGAGGGCUACGGGUCGCUGGGCAGGAAAACUCACCCGAACUCAGGUGGACUUAUCCCAUCCUUGUUUUUCUAAAAUGUUUCCUGUAGUUAAUAAGUGAAAAGUAAGCAUGUCUUUUUAAUCCAAAUGCUAAAAUAAGUUCAUUAAUACUGAAUGCAGAAAAGUCCAAUUAUUUUCGCAUUUCCACUGAACAAAAUGCAAUCACAAUACUAUAUAGUGCAUAGAGAAAGAUUCGGUUGACUGCAGCUUUGGUACAGCACAAUAAUUAUCGCUGCGUUGUGAAGGUUGCUGAGAUAAGCUUCUGCUGGUAACUCAAAUGGGAUAAUUCGGCUGGACUGUAAUGAAAAGAAAUUCCCUCAUCAAUGUCAAAGUUCAUUGUAUGUACAAACAAGAUAUAAAAAUGUGAUGAAAACAUUUAAUAAAAAUGUGGAUGUGCAAAA